AUGGAAGAAAACAAAAAAAGAAAAGGUGAUAACUGUGGGAGCAACAUGAUAUACUGGAAAAAAUGGUGUGAUCGAGUAGCUACUACUAUUGAAAUACCUUCAACAUCAACUGUAGCAACAGAUCAUAUUUCACCAUCAAAGUCUGUUAUAGAAGCAGAAUCUGUUUCUGAUUCUAAAGAUGAGCCCCACGUAAUUGCAGCUAAAUUAGACAUUGCUUCUACUAAACGAGAUCUGAGAUUUCAACUUAGCUGGAUAAAUCGAUUUCCUUGGAUUACAUAUUCAGAAGUAAAUACUGGAGCAUUUUGCAGAAUUUGCGUCAUUAUGGGUAGAUCGAAAAAGGAAGUCAUCAGCAUAAAUUCUGAACUAGCAGACAAUUUUUUUAAAGUGAUGUCUUUAAAAACGUUAUCCGUAGUUGAUCAAAUAAAUUCAGAAAAAAAACGGCAACAAGAAGAGAAUAAAAGCAAACUGACAUCAAUAGUGAAAGCAAUCAUUUUAUGUGGAAAACAAGGCAUACCAUUGAGGGGAAAAUCUGACUCAGGAAGAAUACAGACUUCUUCAGAACCAAAAGAAUCAUUACUUAAUGAGGACAACUUUCGUGCCAUAUUAAAAUAUGGUGCUGAAUCUGGAGAUAAAAUCUUAUCUGAACAUUUAUUAAAUGCUUCAAAUAAUGCUUUUUAUACAAGUCCGCAAAUUCAAAAUGAAAUUAUAGAGAUUUGUGGUGCGGCUAUCCAAGAAGUGAUAAUCAAGGAAGUUAAAAAAGCUAAUUUUUUGCCGUUUUAG